UUUAAAACAAUCUGGCAUCUCUAGUUCGAUGGUGAGAUAUCAACUCAGCCUAACCCGGUUUCCUAUCACUUGCUUAUUUUGUUGUUCGGAACUUUCUGUGCAUAUUUUCGAACUCAUAUAAAAAUUUGAUAAAAAUGGAAACCACCAACUUUAUGGAGAGUCUUAUUCAACCCAAAGAACGACAACGUUUCCGUGAAACAAAAGGGCGUUCUACUGAGAAACUAAAAAUAUCGAAAAAGCAAAAAUCUUUGAAAACAUCGCGGCCGUUUAAUAAACGUAAGAAAUUAUCUCGAAAGGAGAUUUCACAAAUGGGCAUCUAUACUCUACCGCACGACACGAUAAGCUACAGACAGAUUGUUCCUUUGCACAGACUUUGGUGCGGUUAUGUAGCUCGAUUUUUAGACAAGGAGAAGCUACCGUCUGCAACGGAUCCACAAUAUAAUCAAUUUGUAUUGGAUUUAUUGAAAGCGGACUUUCAUGGUGCAAAAAUGACAAUAGAUCGCGCAAAAAAUCCUAGUCUUGUAGGAAUCAAAGGCAUUGUAGUAUUAGAAACAAAAGGAACUUUUAAAAUUGUUUCUAAAGACAACAAGCUACGAACAAUCCCCAAAAAUGAUUCAGUGUUUAAAAUUCAUUGGAACAAUGUAGAUAUUACUGUGUUCGGAAAGCAUUUAUAUUAUAGGCCGGCGGAAAGAUCCGUUAGGAAAUUAAAAACAUUUUUGGAAUGCGAUCUAUUAUGAAUAAUAAACUAAAAUUUAUGUCAAACAUGUCGGGUUUAAUGUUGGUAAUCCACAGCAUUUAACCUGACAUACUGGGAUCAAAUAAAUUGCAUGAAGCAAAAUGGAUAUGUUUA